AAUUCAUUUAUACUUUGGCUCACGUUGACGUGACAAUCUGACGGUUGCCUAGCGUUUCAGCAAGCGCCCAAGCUGGCAUACUACAGUCUUACUAAUACGAUCAAUGAAGAAUUUAAUCACGUAAAUCGUUCACAAUAAAGACUAAACAACAGAUUCCUUGGCCGUUUUGUUGUUAACUUUACUAGCUAGUUUUUCCCCACGACUAUAACCUGGCUGGCGGUUUUCUGCAACAUUUGCGCGCUGUAGAAAACAACGGCAAUUGUAGUUUUUUUCGAGCCUCAAUGACGCUAUUCCGUCAUUGACGGGGCCAUCUGUUUGAACUACAUUUCCCAGGACUUCCUUGGUUAAACCAUCUGACAAAACGACAGACGUUUCUUGUUUUACAGUAGUUAAUAGAGUUGUUAGCUAACGUUAGGUGGUGCCUGAGACGACAGGAUGGGUGUAGCAGAUACAAAUUCUGGGCCUGUGGUGGAUCUUUCAGCCCAGGGUUUGCAAAAGCUGGAUCAGAGUUUUACCUGCUCAGAAGACACCCACACUCUCAUCCUGGACCGUAACCACAUCAUGAAACUGGACCAUCUGGAAAGGAGCCCAGGCCUUCAGCAGAUAUCUGUAGCCAGUAACCGUCUGGUGAGAAUGAUGGGUGUGUCUCGGCUUACAGAGUUGAGAGUCCUCAAUCUUCCCAAUAACAGUAUUGGCUACAUUGAGGGUCUAAGAGAUCUGCCUCACCUCAAAUGGCUCAACCUCUCUGGGAACAAUAUUAAGGUCAUUGAGCAACUUAAUAACUGCGUUUCCCUUCAACACCUGGAUCUGUCUGACAAUAACAUAUCCACCAUUAGUGAUCUGACUAAACUCAUGGCAUUAAAGACACUUCUACUUCAUGGAAACAGCAUUACAACACUUCGUACUGUUCCUGCUCACCUGCCUGCCCAUUUAUCCAUUCUCUCCCUGGCAGAAAAUGAGAUAAGAGAUCUCAAUGAAGUGUCAUACCUGGCACCUCUCCAUGAACUAGAGCAGCUGUCCAUUAUGAGCAACCCUUGUGUUAUGGCAACCCCCUCAUUGCCAGGGUUUGAUUAUCGGCCAUACAUCAUGAGUUGGUGCCUGAGCCUAAAGGUCCUAGAUGGCUAUGUAGUGUCACAAAAAGAAGGUCUCAAAGCAGAGUGGCUAUACAGUCAAGGUAAAGGACGUUCAUUUCGACCAGGUCAGCAUGUACAGCUGGUUCAGUACCUUGCCACUGUUUGCCCUCUGACCUCAUCACCGGCCUUGGAAACGGCAGAAGAUGCGAAGCUAGAGAAGAUACUCAGUAAGCAGAGGUUUCACCAAAGGCAACUGUUGGAGGAAACCCGGGGAGGCUGUUCCAUCCCUCCUCGUCCAACUCAGCUAGAUGUGGAGAUGCACAGUCCAUCACAUGCAGCCCCACAGUGGGGAGCUAGAGAGGUGAAGAACACAGCACUUCCACCAGCUGCUGUUCCAUCAGUCCAGGAGACAGAGCCAGUCGUGCAGUUCAACACUUGGGUAAGCUGUGAUUCUGCCCCCCCAUCAUUGCCGAUAGUUCACAGCCCAAGGCUCAGAGAGGAGCACCUCUAUUUGGAGGAUGUUCAGACAGACAAGCUGAAUGGGAGUAUGCUUUCCUCAGAGUCCACCUUUCUCCCCUUCACAUCUGAUCUGGAGCAACAAACAACACAAUCCGACAGUGAGGACGAAACAGAGACAUUCGAACCUGAUUCCCUGGCUCCAAAACAGCAAAAACAUUCCAAGAAACACAAGACAAAUCAUUCACACCAAGUGGAUAAACAAGAAACAAAGAUGCUUGAAGAAGAAGUUGUUUCUGGUGGAGCUACAUCAGCUGGAUCACUUGGGGUCAGAGUGAGCACACCACAGAAUGAUAUGGAAACAUUGUCUGACUUUGGUAAAGAAGAAGUGAAAGAAGCCCUGAAACAAGAAGAAGCUGGUAUGUGUGCAAGGAAAUCAAGUUUGAUGGAAGAAGACAUGGCAGCGGUUAAAAUACAGUCUUGGUGGAGGGGACAGUACACUCGGCAUGUUCACCCCAUGGCCAGAGAGGUGCGCAGUGAAAUCCGCCUCCGCAGGAUGCAAGAACACAUCCUCUUCCUUUCUGACAAGCUGGACAGUGUGCAGAAGCAGUAUGAGGAAGAGAAGUUACAAAGGCUGGUUCAAGAGGAAGCUGUGAAGUUUCUGUGGAAAGAGCUCCAGUCUAUGCAGCAGUGGAAACAGUCUGUGGAGCAGCAGCUGGCUAACAUUUCUCAGGCCGUCACUCAGAUUCACUCAUCUUCUGGGCUAUAUAAGGCUGCCACACCUGUCGUAUCCAGCACAACAAAUCCACCCAGCACUGAUGUUUCCUACCCAGACUCUGGCUUCCGGUCGCCACCUGAUCAGCAGGCGGUGGAGGAGGGCAGCUUCCUGAGCAGUGGGACAGCAGACUCUCUGAAGACAGUGCGAGCACUGAGCUCUGUUUGCAGCGUGUUUGCUGACGGUAGCGAUGGCGUGGAUAGCGCGGACUGCAGCCUGCUGCAGCAGUACCUCUCCUCUGUGCAACAGAGGGAAGAGGAGGCUGAGAAGGUGAUCAGUGACAGAACAGAAACACCACAGCCCUCCUCCCCAGCCUCACCCAGUAAAACAGCACCAUCCAACUCCCCCCAGCAGAAGGCAGUAGAAAUCCAGCCAGAGGUGCAAACAAGUGAGGGAACCACUCUAGAGCCCGUCUGAGAGUCUGAACCUAGCAGACACCUGUCUAGAUGACUGGGUGUGAAUUGGCAUUGAGGAACGAAAUGCCAUGCUCUCUCUUGAAACUUUGAGCAUGCCUGAAAACUGCACUCAUCUUGAUUGGUGACCCAGAUCUUAAAUAACUGCACUCAAGAUUAAAACCAGGGCAGGCUUAAAACAAUACCUUACUGUGAAUGUAGUUCAAGUUUUCUCAUACUUGGAUCUCAUCUUAUUUAUUGGACAUUUUCAUCUUUGUGGAAAGACUGUGUUGUAGUUUCAGAUGGUGUUAUUAACUUGAAAGCAAUUUUAUGAUCACAUACUAGGUUGUUGUCUCUACUAAUGAACAGACCAGGCAUAUUCUCUCUAUUGAUAUCCACUGCGUUAUUGAUAAACUGCAAAUAAAUCAGAUUAGUUUAAGUGUUAGUGCACUUGUAACCACAGAUGUAUACUACAUAUGAACAACAAUAAGCAUUCUAUCUACUGUGACACAGGAUGACCUGAUUACAUCAGCUUUAGAACAUACUACCUAAUGAGUAACAGAAAAAUGUUGCAGGAUCUUUUUAAGAAAAAUAUUAAUAAAUCUGAAAUUAUAAUUUUCUAACUGUUCUUAUUUGGUUUCAUGUUGAAAUAUUGUAUGAAACGGGGCUGAAACUAACAGU